AUGAAGUACACUAUCGCUACCGUCGCUGCCUUCGCCACCAUGGCCCUGGCCCAGCCCGCUUUCACCAACACCAAGUUCGACCUCACUGAGGGCAAGCCUUACACCAUCACCUUCACCGGUUGUGAUUCUGGCUGCACUAUCAUUCUCCAGAACGGAGAGUCCACCGACCUCAAGGACUACAAGACCUUGACCAGCUCCGCUGAGGGUGACUCUUUCACCUUUACUCCUUCUCAGCUCCCCUCGGACACCUACAACUUCAAGAUCACCGACUCUGCUGGUGAGGCCAACUACAGCGAGCAGUUCUCCUACGAGGGUUCUUACGACGCUCCCUCCGUCACCUCUGCUACUAAGACCGCUGCGGAGACCACCGCCGCUGCUGAGACCACCGAGAAGGCUACCACUCUCGUCACCAAGCCUGUCGAUGAGACCACCACUGCUAAGCCCAUCAUUCCCACUCACGUCCCCGUUCCCCCCAAGAACGCCACCACUCCCAUUGCUACCCCCACCAAGACCGGCGGUGCUGGUGAGACUGGUGUUCCUGAGGUUCCCGUCAGCGGUGCUACCCGCAUGACCUCUUCCCUGGCUCUCAUUGCUGGUGCCGCCAUGGCCAUGGUUUACCUCAACUAA